CUUGCGACAGCACAUCGGAAAUUUAUUAAAAGUUUUCUUAGCAUGCUUUAUGUCAAGAGACGAAAUAUACAAUCAGAAAAGCUCUGAAACAGUGUUGUAUGAAAGUAACACGAUUUUAACGAUUUUUAAAUACUCGGAAACAAAAGAGCCUUUCGUUCCUUACUUCCGUGACUGGGUUGUUUGCCGUUCUGUAAACGAUCCUUCAUAUUAAAUGUGACUCUAUACAUGAAAGGAGAUUUUUGUAAAUUAACGAACAAGCCGAGUGAAUUUCAAUUGGAAUUCUUACGAAGCUAAAGUGCCAGGAAAAAAAAUAGGAACACGGAUACAGACGAUUACUGUGAAAUCUAACAUUGUUGAUGAGUGACAGUCGUGUAAAUUUCAUUAAGCGGAAAUAUACACAUUAUUUUGUUUGCGUUGCUGUUAUUUUUCUGCUGGAUUGUUAAUAGGCCUGUCGUUUAUUAUUUUACCUAGAAAGCUUACGUGCUUGUUCAAUUUUAUCUGAGUAGAUCUAAGAUCAUGUGACCGCGUAUAAUUACCAGUGACGGCGUUUCUUUAACAUCGAUAUCUUUAUACAGUUACGGAAACAGACCCAACUCUUAUCAAUCGCUGGAGUGCGAGAAUAUAUUGUGUGUGCUUUUAUAAUCAUAGAUUUUUAGCACAUAUUAAUGUUGUUACGAUCAGCGACGGAAUUGGAAGAUUCUUUUCUUUCUCGUUUCUUGAUGGAUUAGUAACUUUAAUGUGAGAUUCAUCUGGCCCGAUUAAAUAGUUGCCGAUCAUUAUGAAAUUGUACUAAAGCACACGAGGACGUGUUCUUCGGGGGAUUUAGAAACGAUAUCCGGGGUUGUUUGUUGAAAGCGUCGCGGCACGGCGGUCGGCUCAAUACUGACUUAAUUUUAAAGUGCGUGUCGAGCGACGCGGUAUUGGGUUAGUUUUCUCUGAACCAUGGGUCGAAAACCGUCUACGGAAAAGAAGAAAAAGGGACCAAAGAGACUGAAAAAAGGGCCUAAGCCUCUUAAAAUGGACGAUUGUGACCAGUCAUUACGAGAAUUACCGCCCAAGAAAAAGUCACGAGAUGCAGGGAAUAUUUCCGUAAUUGCAAAAAUUGAUAUGAAGGCCGUCACAGCCGAAGACGUCGUAACUCCGAAAACUCAAGAUGGUGAAGUGAUUUUGGACGUGGAAUGUGGCUCAAACAAGGCAAUAUUAUUUUUAUCAAAACUUUGUCAAGGAAGUAAAGGGCCAUGUAUAUCAUUUCAAGGAACAUGGCUUACUCCUAAUGAAUUCCAAUUUGUUAGUGGGAGGGAAACAGCAAAGGACUGGAAAAGGUCUAUUCGUCACAAUGGCAAAAGCAUCAAAUUAUUAAUGGCUAAAGACAUCUUGACCAUUACGCCAGGCAACACAAAGAGCGGGGAAUCGAUACCAAAGAAAAAAUCAAAGUUGAAUUUAGACAAGAAGAAACCCAGUGACGAAAAGGUGGGAAAUAACGAAAUGAAAAAUGACACUGAAGGAACAUUUACUGAGGUGGAAAAUAAAGAAAAUGUUCAAAUAGAAAAUAAAAGUUGCAAAGAUACAGACGAUCUGAAAAACGAAACCGUCCAGUCGGCGAUAGACGACAACAAAACAGAGGAGAGCUGGGAAGGCGGAAGUGACACGACUGAGCCAGUCGAUUACGAUUUCGACAAAUGCGGGUUUGACGAAGAAACAUCGAACAUAAUCUCAGAAUGCGACGCUAUUAAAGCCGUAGCCAAAUUAAAAACAGAAGACGUGGACCAAGCAAAAUCAAAGUCCGUCGUCUCAGAUGAAGUCACUCAGAAAAUAACUCCAUCAAACCCCGAUAAAACUCUACAGAAAGAAGGGAAUGACUCGGAGCGGAAAGCGCAAAGUUUUGAUUGUAACCACAUUUCAGCUAAAAUCAAUGGUGGAAAAAACGAGAGCAAAAGCGAAACGUGUUCAAGUGAUAACAAACCAAGAGAUAAUGAUGUUUCUGAUGAAACCAAAUGCUUUUCGACGGAAAAGGCGAAACAAAUCUCGGCCAUUCCUGUCCUGAAGAUAAAGAAAAGAAGGAUCGCUAAAAAAAAUAAGACGAAAGGUCCGGACAUAAAACAUCCCAAAAGUGUUAUGACGGAGAAAAUUAGAAAAAGAAAGCGUAAAUUGUCAGUAUCGACCCCCGAAUUUGCUAAAUAUACUGAAGGCGAGAAACUUGCGUCAGAAGAUGGCGACAGGGGAGAAAGCUACGGGAAACAGGCAGACGACAGCUUAGGACCAAGCGACAAAAACGACAACAGUGUUUCAGCAAAUGACAGAAUUAGUUGUCCUCGAGAGUCGAGACUUGGAAGCAUAAUUAAUCAACUACGAGAGAGCAAAGAAAAAAGAAAAUCGGAUAAAACUGACGACGAUGUUCCCGACGGCGAAAACAAUACAACAGAAAAAGGUAUUAAAAGAGAGCGAAAUGUUAACAUUCCUAGUAUAACAUCUGAAACAAAGGAUGCAGAAAAUGGCGGGAAGAAAAUAGGUGCAAAUCGGGAGAAAUCUCCUCGUAAACAUAAUCAAGUGAAGCGUUCGCCCUACUUCAUGAAAAAGGAAGCAAAACAAAAGUAUCUGGAAAUAUUUGAGAGAGAUACAGGGGUUUCAAGUACUCCAGGAAAAGAUGAAGCUCCAGCAAAAAACAGCCCAGAGAAUAAAACACAUCCGGAAUCCCGUGUCACGAAGGAAAAGGAAUCUACUUCCGUUUCAGGUCCAGAUCACACAAAAAGCUUGUCAGUUACCCAUACGGAGAAAAUUGACGAAAAUAGAAAUCAGUAUAAGCUAUCUAACACGUUUAGUAUUGAUAGCAUCAUAUCAUCAAGCCAAACUAUGACAAACAAAUCUCCUGCAUUUGAAUCAACGAAAAAAGCUAUACCAGCAAUUUCUAUUCCUAGCACCACCCCAUCAUCUAAAAUCACCCUCUCAGAACACAGUCCCACAGAUUAUAAUGUUUUCAGCAGAUCGCCGAAUUCUACGUCACCUAACAGAACUAAUUCACCUCUCUCACGAAAAGACCAUAUUCUUCAGAGAACUGGCAGUCCCCGGAAUGGGGUACGUUCACCACAGUCCAGUCAUACCGACCAUUAUAACGAGUAUAUGAAAACCCUUGCUGCAACGUAUUCCUUGCUACCAAGUCCAGCGUUCUAUGACCACUACUUCAGAUCUCCAGAAAUCCCUUUUCAUCCAGGAUACGUACAUCCGUAUAUGUUUCCCGCCUUCACAGAACACAGUCAUCAUCUUGAAUCAUUCGCAGCUGCGGCACGUCCGCAGACGAUCAAAUCAAAGUCAGUGACGUCACCAAAAGUCGCUUCACCGGCAGUAUUAGAUUUGACUCGAUUACCGCAUAAUAUUGCACCUCCAUUCCAUACCACAAAUAGCUCCACGACGAGUCCUGCUGUAUCAAAAAAAGCGGUAAAACGACCACCAGUGUCGUCCGAGUCAGUUUUGGAUUUAUCCGUCAAACGUCCAAAGCUUCAUUCAAAUAGCAUUUUUGACAUUCCAAAGUGCAAUAUUGAAAGUCCCUUCAAUAACAAUGCAUAUCGUCUGCAUCAAGAGCUGUAUGGCUCGGAGCGAAGCGGACACCUUCUGUCAGAUUCAAAACACGUACACCUCAGCAGUGGAAAGGUGUCGAAUCUUAAUGGAUCCUCUUGUCUUUGUGCUGAAAACAGUUCAAAGGACAUCCGAAAUUGGUCAGUUGAAAGAGUUGGACAGUUUUUGAGAAGUCUGGAGGGUUGUUCCUCCUACGUUAAGGUUUUCCAUGAAAGCAGAAUAUCCGGGAAAUACUUACCUCUCUUGACAACUGAUCAGCUGGUGCUUCAUCUCGGUAUGAAGGACAAGCCUGCCAGAAUCCUCUGUGAGGCCGUCACGAACAAGGUGCUAGAACUGCGUAAAUACUCCAUUCCAUGUGCAUACUGCAAAACGAAGAAUGACCUGCAGUCUCGUGUUUGUUUUUAGAAUGUUUAUAGUAAAAUUGUACUUUUUAGAUUUUUUUGUUUGUUUCUUUUUCUUGAAUAUUUCAAUGAUCUCUAAAAAUGGCGACAAUCGCAACAAUCAUUGUAUUACGAAAAAUGCACAAUGAAACCUUCAGUGUGGUAGAAUUUAACGUGAUAUUUGUUUAAAUGAGGAUAGACAUUGUGAUUUUGUUAGCAGUGUAGUGAUGGUGUGUGUUUUAAGAGAUUUAAGUGAAUAUUUUUGGUGCUGAUACAACAAUAGAGUGCUAAUGAUGUGGGGAAAAAAUAAAUAAGUUUUUAGAGCUCCAAUAUCAAAUUGUAAGCCUAUUUAUAAGUCGUUUUUGUCUUUUUUUAGUCGACAUUAAGGAACUUGUUUCACCUAUAAAUUCUCGAUCAAUGCUUCUUUGAUACGCGUUUAAGACAAUAAUGAACAAUUUGUAGCAGUAUCGAUUAUUGUCUUAGUUUAAUAGACUUAGAACGGUGUUCAUUACAACGGAAAUGCAAUAUCCCUAACUAAGUUUGGUCACAAUGACGCAGGUACUAUUAUUAUAUAUAUUGGCAGCAGAUAAAAUUGAAGCACGCAAAUCAUUUCCAAAUGAAAAAAAAGUUUUAUAAUUCAUUAUUUUACCUUUUAAAGGUACUGUCAUAUGUUCCGUAGCAUUUUAAAAUGUUUAAUAAAAAAAAAUUAAUAAUAAAAUUGCAUUUUCUGAUUCCUUGCAGUUUUAUUCUUAUCAUUAUUCAGAAAAAAUGAAAUCCACUAUAUACACAGUGUAUGACUAUGCAAGUAAUUAAAGGGGGAGAACCUACUUCAAAUGAAAUCCGUGUAUAGUUGUAGAGUCGUAGAUGUGUGAGAAGGAUUAAUACUAUGUUGACAUUCUUUUUGACAUAUUCCAGAUUGUUUGGAAUUUGUACCAGAACUAGUAGAUACAUGUACAUGUUGUCAUGUGUGUUAUAGUGAGCGUCAUGCUGAUAUGUUGAAAAUGUUGUGUCUUUAAUCGUAUAUGUAUAUGCAACAAAAAUUAAGUACAAAACUUGAUUGUUAUUUGACAGAAAAAACAUUGAUGUUGACAAUAAAGAUUAGAGACUAUAA